AUGACAUUUUUACCACGUUUUUUGAAAUUUUUCAAAAAGGUAGUCUGCGUGACUGAGAAAGAUUACGAUAUCAGAGAGGUAUCACCAACUUAUCUUUAUCCUUAUUAUCGUCAACUUGGACAUCUUUUGAAACAUCAUCGGAAUGGUGUACAAUCUUCGACACUUACUUUCCAGAAUGAUGAUGCCGCUCUUUCCAACGUUAACUAUGAAGAUGGUCUCCGUGGCGGUGCUACUGACGGCCGUUGGAAAAGACGGUACGGUUGUUUACAACGUGGACACUGCAGUAGCCCAGUGUCAACAGGCAGUUGCCUCUCAGAAGCGAUUUUCUAA